AAACUAAAAGAAAAUAAUUUAUAUAUAAAUUAAAAACAAAAAAACUCCGUUUUAAAUGGCUUUUAUAAUAAAAGAAAAAACUAUAAAAAUUAGUUGUUAACAAAUUGUUUUAAACUAAAAAAACCCUUUAAACAAAACCUUAACGAAAACAAAUCCAUGUUGAGAUACAGAUUGGUGUCGACACACUUUUUAAAACAACCGUAAAUUGUUUAAAUAUAAAAAAUUUUUACAAAAAAACGGGUACAAAAUAAGAAAAUAAAGACCUUAAGGCUCGCAAAUAUUAAAAAAAUACGGGAAGCAACGUUAAAUUGUUAAUUUAAUUUUAAUAAUAUAAAAAAACACACACACAUAUAAGAAAAAAAAUAUUAUUUAUAAGCCUAAAAGUAUGCUAAACAACUAAACAACUUUAGCGGAAAUUGAGUAAAGAAAAACAACCAUAAGUAAAUGUGAGUAACUAACGGUAAACUAAGUAAAAGUAACGGUAAAAGGGCUAAAAAUAAAAGCCAUAGCUGCUAGUGGUGGACGAGAGAGAUAGAGAGAGAGCGAAAGAAAGAGAACGUAAAUAAACGUUGGGCAAGAGAACGAGACAGAUAGAUAGAGAAAGAGAGCGAGUUUUUUGCUGCAAAAGCGUAAGAGCUUAAAACUAAAUAGUAUACGAAUAAUACAUAGUUUCUUUUUGUUUUUCUAUUGGGCUUGUCAUAUCAUACGUUACACUUACUACUCAGCCAUCAACUAUCAUCUUCAUUAGCAACAUCAAACGUCAGUUAUCCUGCUUAUAACGGAAAACUAAUAUUCAUAAACUACACCUACGCUAGCGGGUUAACAACUACAGUUAAUUAACUAAAGCUUAAGCUAACACAUGCGUUAACUAUUCCUAGAUUCGUAACAACAACAAGAACAACAAAAAACAGCAUCAAACACCACUCCCUACAUAAAUACGUAUAUUUGCCACAAUCAACUGCUAACUGCUAACAGAGUUGUAUUCAACUAGAACAAUCUUAACCCUUAAACGUUAAUCAUUGCUUUUAAACAAAAAAACGCUUAAACGUUAUUUUUAAGCGUUAUUAUCUCAUAUAGCCAACGUUCUCUUAAGUUCGGCACAACGUAUUCGUUAAACGUUUUUGGCCUAUUUAACAACUAUAACUAUAAUUUAAUUAGCGAAAAUGUGCAGAGAUCGCGAUAUGAUGUUGCCAUAGAUCAGCGUAAUCGUCAGUAUAAAGUUAAGAAAAAAAUUAAAGUUAAAUAAAUUAUAAAAGAAAAAACAAAAAGAAAAAAACUCUCAAACUUUUUAAACAAUUUUCGACAUAAAAUUCUCUCCCCCCUUAAAAAAAAGUGUUAAAAUUUUCAAAAUAAAUUUUAAAAUUUAAAAAAUUCUUUAAGUUUUAAACACAAAAAAAUGUGACUCUACAAUUUCUUUAACGAAAAACAGCAACAGCAACUACUACUACAAAAACAAGACCCCACCUUUAACAUCAUUACCAAAAAGGGUUAACAACGUGUGUGUCAAUAGGGGUAUAAACCGAAAACAAGAAACGUGUUUGAUAAAAGGAGUGCAAAGCAAAAGAACAUUUAGAGGAUAAAGUGUGAAAAAGUAACAGUUUUAUUUUUUAUUUUUUUUAUUUCCACGUGUUUUUCUUCGCUUUCAAGUUAAACUAAUUUGAGCCGAUAGUGAAAAAGAAGAAAAGCGCUUUAACGUAACGAGGAAAAAAAGUUAUUUUGUCUCAAUAAAAAAACCAGCAAGAUUGAAGACUUUGUAAAAAACCUUUGGAAGUCUGUUAAGGCUUGCGUUUGCGGCAUGCGCCAUCCUAAUACUGGACUAAGCGAAGACGACCUAAGUCGUCUUACUGGUUCUUCAUCUUCGUCAGCAUCUUGUCGUAAUAAUAAUAAUAACAAUAAUUGUAAUACAUUAUCCUCUUCCUCCUCAUCAUCGUCGUCGUCGUCAUCAUCUUCUUCCUCCUCCUCUUCUUCUUCGUCCUCAUCAUCGGCUUCAUCGUCCGGUGCUAAUACUCCCGAUGAUUGUAAAAAUCAAAAACAUAUCAAAAAUAAACAUGAUACAAAAUCUCCUUCAAAACAUCAUCAUCAUCACCACCAACAACAACAUCAUGCUUCGUCAUUACCCGAACAGUUGGAAAAUAAUAAAAAUACACAAACACGUUUCAAUUCCACAUAUCUGCCCGAGAUCAUAAAUCCUUUAGAAUGGCAAAAAUCACGUAAACGCAAAGAACGUCUAGACAGCAGUUCAUCUCAGACACAGGAUCGUAAAUUGCAGCGUUCGAACAGCGAAGAACUAUUGCCGCAAGACAACGAAGGCAAAUUGCAAAACAAUAACAAUGUAAACUCCACACCCUCGGAUUUAGGAGUGAACACCUUAAAAUCUCUUAAAAAUGCCGAUAAUAUAAGAAGAGUUUCAUCGGAGGAUUUCAAACGUACACCCUAUGAGGUGUAUGAACAGGAAUUGAAAGAGACAGAAAAUGUUAAUGGCUCAAAGGCUUCAGAUGAAAAUGACGGCAGUUUGGCUAAUCGCCAAUCACAGCGCUGUCAGGCCUGGACAGUGGGUGUACCUAUUAAGGAUAUGACUAGAAGAUCACGCUAUGAAACUAGUCCGGCCCGUUCACAGCGCCACUCACCCAUACGGGUGUGUUUCAGUGGCAAUGGCAAUAAUGGCAAGCAUCGCGAUAACAGUGAUGAUAGUGAGUGUGAGCACGAACGUCGCCGCAGCAGCGAACGUUUCUGCAAGUCUCGUGCUCCUCCCGGUCGUAAAGCUUCGGGUGUAACCAAGAAAUCGACCAAUUCCUCUAAUACCAUCAGAUACUUGCCCUCCAAGUUGAAUGAUGAAAAUGUCUAUAAAUACGAUUUGUCGACUUUAAAACAUGAAAGACGUGGUUUUAUAAGUAAGAAAUCAACAUCAUCAUCAUCAUCCCCGGCGGCAACAGCUUGCACAACAAAUGCCGGCGAGAAAAAUAAUACCAACGAUUUGAAUGACAAUAAUUUGAUAGAUUUCAAUAAUGCUUCUAGUAAAACUUUGGCCAAAACUAUAUCACCGACAGCCUCCUCGAAUGGCUCCACAGAUGAUGUUAACAUUAAUGCCUCAAACAGUUCGCAGCAACAGAAAACAUCUGCCAACAGCAGCAAGAAUAGCAGUCAAAACAGUUUACACAAACUUCCUCUAACCACCUCAGCACAAGAUGCACUGCCAUGGGAUCGUUCGGUACCCGAAGAUCAAACUCCCGUUUUAAGCAGACGUUACGCUACCGUACGUCCGCAUUUAGUCGAUUCCAUUGAUGCGGCUGCUAAACUAUCCAAGGUUAAACCCUUCGCCCAGCCCUAUCACAAACAACAUCAGACCGCUGCACAAAUGUUGGCCAGCGAUUUGGAUGAUGAUGAUUGUAUGGAAUCAACAUUUCGUGCAUUCACUUCUUUGGAGAAUAUGAAAACCCGUGAGCUUAUGCAACAGGUUAUACCUAAUGUUAUGUCCUUCCAAACUCCCGAGGAACGCAUGAAACAGAUUAACAAACGUGUUACGGCCCUAAAGAAGAAACUCACUCAACUGGAAGAUUCCUAUGAAGUGCGUUGUGGUUAUAAACCCUCACAGGCAGAUCGUUUAAAUGACAAAUAUAUGAAACAUAUUCUAUCGGAAUUGAGUAAAUUGCGUAAGGAGCGUCAUGAGUUAAAGGCUGAUCCAAUGGCUGCUUUGGGUCUUAAAGUUAGCGGUGGCAUGGAUGCUGAACAGAAAUUAUUGAAAAUGAAAGCUUCUUUGUUAGAAAUUGAACAGAGUCUAGCCGAGAAACGUGAAGAUUCAAAUCGUUCCGAGACCUUAGAUGAACUAACCGCCGAUCAAUUGGUACAAGAAAAGACUGCUGUACAACAUGGUCUACUCUACUUCGAAUCACUGUACGGAAGACCAUCAACUAAAGAUGAACGUGAUGCGGCACGUCCACUAUACGAUCGUUAUCGUCAACUCAAACGUAUGGUAUCGCGCAGUGUCACUUUAACCGGUUCUUGCCUAGGUGGUGCACCUGAAUUGCCCACAAUUUUAGAACAUGAAGCCAUGGUUUUCGAAGCAACACCCUUGCAAUAUUCCUCCAAUAAUAGUACGGAGACAACUAACUCACCAACAACCGAUUCACAACAACCGCCCACUACCGCCAGUUCAGAUGAGUCUACAACGACAACAACAACAGUUCAUACACAACCUUCUCAACAGGAAAAUAUUAGUUUUCUAACCAUCGAACAGUUGUGGGAUAAUCUGGAUAAGACGAGGGAGGAAAAGAAACUAUUAAAACGUAUAAUACGUGAAUAUGAGACUGUAUUCGAAGAGCAAAAUGGUCGUAAAAUGUUAAAGGGUGAUCGUAAAACUAUCGAAGAAACCUAUGCCCAGUAUAAGGAGAAAAAGGCAAAGACACGUCUUUUGCAGGCUUUAAUUAAAAAGCAAAUAUCACGUUGAAGGGUUAAUUUGGAAAUCGUUAUACAAGUAUACAAACUAAAUAGAGUAUAUAGUAUAGAGUUUAGUACAGUUUAGUACAGUUAUAUUAAAAGCUUUUUUUUCGUUUUGUUAUUGUAUUAAAACAAAAAAAGCUUAAUAUAACAGCUAAACAAGAUAGAAAGAGAGAGAAUGAAUAAAAAGUGUUUGUGAGCAAAGCUAAGAAAGCUUAAGUAGGGUUAAACACCUUUUUUGUUAAAUAAAAUUGAAAAUGUUAUACAAAAGCUUAAGCUAAAAGAAAAAGCUUUUGUUUAACAUAGAGCAAUGUAAGAAUAUUUUCUAUAUAUAUAAAAGAGAACAACAACAACAUACCG